AUGCCUCAUGAUAAUCUUGAGCGCCUGCUAGCCAACGAUCCCUACAACGAGCGGCGCAUUUUCCUUCUGUCAUGCGUGCAUGACGCAAUCUACUUUCUUCGCCAUGGACCGCAUCGUCGUCACGAUGUGAUUUCCUCGUUGCAGGAGGAGAUUCUUGGCGCAAUUAGCAUCGGCAUCUCAAGCGCGGUUGUGGAACAUGAUCCUCAGUUUGAGCGGUUGUGUCGUAACCUUGAGCUUGUCGCGCCGAUCUCACUCAGGAUUCUCAGAAAGUAUAACGACCGGGAGAGCGACGAAGAUGUUGCAGAUGAUCUCAUUAGCUGCAUCCCCACCGUUUUGCAACAACCUACUCAAUGGGAUCCAGAAGUGGAAGAGGCUACUGGCGAGGAACGGUUUGAGCAGCAGAGUAGACGACAUCACCGUCACAGAUAG